AUGGGUAUUCAAAAACCCGCCGUUAGUAAUGAAGUAGGCUCAGGGUAUGUAUAUCAACCUAGUCCCCAAGAUCAAGUUGGAGUGGUUUCUUCGAAUGGUCUGGAUCAGUACUUUUAUACAUCCUCAUCAACUCAAAAGCCUGAAAAGCCUGAAAAGAAAUCUGAAGCCUACGUUUUCAACUUUGCCAAGGGUGCCAUGCCUACCAUCCACAUUCAAGCAAAAUCCUAG